AUGGGAAAUCAGACCUCGGUUACACAGUUCAUUCUCUUGGGAUUUCCGCUCAGCCCAAAGAUGCAGAUGUUCCUCUUUGCCCUCUUCUCCCUGUUCUAUGCCUUCACCCUGCUGGGGAAUGGGACCAUCGUGGGGCUUAUCUGCCUGGACUCCAGACUCCACACUCCCAUGUACUUCUUCCUGUCCCACCUGGCCAUCGUUGACAUUGCCUAUGCCUGCAACACAGUGCCCCAGAUGCUGGUGAACCUUCUAGACCCAGCCAAGCCCAUCUCAUUUGCUGGAUGCAUGAUGCAGACCUUUCUCUUUUUGACAUUUGCACACACAGAAUGUCUGCUCCUAGUGGUGAUGUCCUAUGAUCGGUAUGUGGCCAUCUGCCACCCCCUCCGAUACACUGCCAUCAUGAGCUGGAGAAUUUGUAUCAUCCUAGUGGCGACUUCCUGGAUUUUAGGAGUUCUCUUGGCCCUGGUCCAUCUAGUAUUACUAUUACCAUUGCCCUUCUGUGGAUCUCAAAAAGUAAAUCACUUUUUCUGUGAAAUUAUAGCUGUUCUCAAACUUGCCUGUUCAGACACCCACGUCAAUGAGAUCAUGGUUUUGGCUGGGGCUGUGUCUGUGCUUGUGGGACCAUUUUCUUCAAUUGUGGUCUCUUAUGCUCAUAUUCUGUGUGCCAUCCUGAAGAUCCAGUCACGCCAGGGGCGCCAGAAAGCCUUCUCCACCUGUUCCUCCCAUCUCUGUGUUGUUGGACUCUUUUAUGGUACAGCUAUUGCCAUGUACAUUGGGCCUCAACACGGGAACUCCAAUGAGCAGAAGAAAUAUCUCUUGCUAUUCCAUAGUCUUUUCAAUCCUAUGCUCAACCCACUGAUCUAUAGCUUGAGGAACAAAGAUGUCAAAAGUGCUCUGAAGAGGAUGCUCAUAAAGGAGCAUACCUCUCGGGAGCAUUAA